AUGUGCGUGCCGCCGCCUUCCGCAUUGCACUGCAAUCUCACGGCUCGUUUUGUUAUGCAGAUGGCAUCUCGCCGGCGUAACGAUAAUCGAAAUGACUCGCGCACUCGAUGUGAUACGACUCUGGGAGAGAUGCAGCCCCGACUUGACAGAGGCGCGCCCCCAACAUCAGCACGGCGGAAUCAGCGGGCCAACGUCUUAGCUUGUCUGCCCAUGAGGCGCCCGCUUGCACCUGUCCUUCCUUUCCGGUUGCGCCGCUGUACACCAGCUCGAAUCGUCGUUAUCUAA